AUGUCGCUGAUUCCUUGGCAAAUUGUCAAGUAUUUUGAGGUUAGUUAUAUAUGUGAAAUGAAAAGAGGAGUACUCCAAUGAGAUGGUUUUGUUACAGAACGAGAAGAAUGUGAAGUAUAAUAUGUUGGAGUUAUCACUUGGUGAUUUAAAAUCACGUGCAAACAACAGCAAAGCUCUCACGGAAAAUUUAGAUAAACUCGAAAAAUUGGCAAGACUGCAAGUUGACAUUUUAGAGCAUUUACCAAUAGGUAUUCUUUCUAUUUCAUUUUUCUAACAAAAACAUAGACUUGUUUCAGGGUUUAUUGUGAAUUCCAUCAAAGAAAUGUCAAAUCUUGCUGAUAUUCCUAGCCUCCUUCCACAAUUCCCAAAACAACCAUCUAAAAAUAUAAUCGAUGCUUAUAUUAAUUCGACAGAUUUACGAGAUUCUAACCUCUCAGAGGACGAAAAAUUGGAGAAUUUCAAAGAAGUCUCAACAAAUAUUGCAAUAGUUUUGAAAACUUUGGAUUUUUGGAAAAACGAGGUUGAAACUUGUAUAAAAGGAAUAGCAGGUUUCAAAAAAUCUCAUCAAAAAUAUUUGAAUGAAGUUCAGAUGUCAAAGUUAGAAGUUAUGGAAAAUCUAGCAGAAAAUUCAUUGGCUCAAAUCAUCGAGAAAAUUGAAAUGAAGAAAUGUGAAGCUGAAGCUGAAGCGGAAAUUAAAACUGAAACAGAACCGGAAAUUGAUUAUGGAUUUCAUAGAUUUUUUGAGGAAUUAAAAAACGAUGAGAAGUUUAUUGGGAUAAAUGAAAAUGAGAAGAUUGAAGCGAUAAAAGAUAUUUGGAACAAAACAGAUGAAACAAUUCGACGAAUUUUUCAAAAAGAUAUAAAAUCAGUAGAUGAACUUGUUCCAAAUUCAAUUUUGAAGUCAAAACCAGAUAAAGCUUUGAAGCGCAAACAAUCUGUUCAAUUCGCACAAAUUCCUUCAAGUUCACCAAAAAGAAGUCGAAAAUCGAGUGCUGAAACAAAUCCGAUUGAUGAAAAUUCCCUUCAAGGUAUAUUUUUCAACGUUUUUCUCAUAAAAUAAAAUCACGACGCAUCAUUUUCCCAACGUCCAUUAUUUCAAAAUCAAAUUAUAUUUCAUUAUUUUUAUUGCAUCAGACCACAAAAAUCGUAUAAAAAUCAAGUUUUUUUUCCAGAUUCGACAUCGCCUAACUGCGAAUGA